AUUAAGUAUUUAAGUAGAGUUUUUGAAAACCAUUAUCAUCAUUGAAUUUUUCUUUUUUUCUUUUUUGAUUUGAUUCGAAAACCAGAAAAAAAUGAUGAAAUUAACAUUGACCGUUUUGUUGUUGUCGAUGAUUCUUGGUACAUCAUUGGCCGUCAAGAAAGUAAAUGUUCACCUGUUUUAUGAAACAAUUUGUCCGGGUUGUCAACAAGAAUUUCAACGAAGUGUUGUACCGGCACAUAAAAAUAUUGGACAAUAUUUGAAUUUUGAUCUUGUACCAUGGGGUAAUGCAAGAAUAUUUAAAAAUGAUUAUGUUUUCGGUAUUAUUUGUCAACAUGGUGAACAAGAAUGUUGGGGUAAUCAAUUUCAUGCAUGUGUUAUUAAUAAAUUAAGUUAUGAAGAAGCAUUCAAUUUUGUUGAUUGUUUUUUCCGUACACAUGAAAAUCUUAAAGAUGUUAAAGGCAAAUGUCAAUCGUGUUCAAAAGAAUUGAAUAUUGAUUUUGAUAAAAUGAAACAAUGUGCCGAAAGUGAUGAAGGACAAAAUUAUGUAUUGGGUAUGAAUAAUCGUACAAUUGCUAUUGCAAAAGGAAAAACUGGUGUACCAUGGACAGUGAUUGAAGGUGUUGCAACCGGUGAUGAUAUUACUGAAUAUGCUUGUAAAGAAUUUUUAAAAGCACAAGGUGUUGAAUAUUGUCAAAAAUAUUAAAUUUUUUUUU